AUGUCUCGUAAGCGCCUUGCUGCCAUGAUGGGGGGCCAAGACUGUCACGCCGAAAUUGCUUUCGCAGACGAUAUCACCUGGCUAGCUCGUUUUCGUCUGGCGAGAACGACAUCUCCCCCGCUGAAAGUCCGCGACUUGAUUCUUCGAAGUGAAGUGCCCACCAUGACUUACCUCCAAGAGCAUACCUCCAUCCCAUCGCCCAGAGUUUUCGACUAG